AUGUGCUUUGCCCAGAAGCAUAACAAGGAAGGCCUGAAGAAGAUGCAGGCAAAUAACGCAAAGGCCAUGAGCGCAUGUGCAGAAGCCAUCAAGGCCCUGGUGAAGCCCCAGGUGGUGAAGCCCAAGAGGACAAAGGGCCCCAGCUCGCUUUCAUUGCUCACCCCAAGCUUGGGAAGCAGAUUAGAAGCUACAUGGCCAGGGGUCGUAGGCUACAAAAAAACAAAGCCCAAGGUUCAAGCCAAGGCAGAGGCCUCAGCUGCAGCUCAGGCUCCCAAAGGUGCCCAGGCCCCUGUGAAGGCCUUGUAA